UACGUGAGUGUACGUCGGAAUGACUGAAGCGUCAUCGCUUUGGCUGUAGCAGGGAUUCUCCAGCCGGCGAGGCCUUUCUUCUCUGAAAGCCAUUUAGCUAUAUUUUAAUUCCUGGCGGUAAAUAAAGCCAAUAUUUUCCCGAAAAAAUAAGCUUCAACAAUGCACGGUACCAAGCUCUAUUCCACCUGUUUGGUGCUACUUACCGGGCUAAUUUGCGCUGAAACCUCUCUGGUGAACGAGGAGGUGAAACGCACCGUGGAUUUGAGCACGCACCUAGCCAAAAUAACAGCGGAGGUUCUGCUGUCUAACCAGGGAGAAUCUGCUGUACAUAGCUUCAUUGUGGCGCUGGAAACUGAGUUGGCCCCACACCUCGCUUACAUUGGAGUAUCUGUGAAAGGUGAGGAAGAUGAGGACAGCAACUUGGAGCUGAAAGAAACUACAAUCAAAGACCACAGUGGGAAGUUCUUCCAGGUGCAGUUGACCUCCCCUCUGGCAGGGGGCAGCAAACUAAGGCUGCAAGUGGAGACGGUGCUGAGCCAUGUGCUGCAGCCCUUCCCCACUCACAUUACCCAGGCAGAGCGGCAGCUGGUAGUAUUCCAGGGCAACCACUAUGUGUACUCACCCUACCCUACCCGAAGCCAAAGCACCCGUGUUCGCCUUGCUUCCAAGAAUGUGGAGAGCUACACCAAGUUGGGAAACCCCAGCAAGAGUGAUGAGAUCAUUGAGUAUGGACCGUUCCGUGAUGUUGCCCCUUACAGCCAGGAUGCCAUGAAGAUCCAUUAUGAAAACAACAACCCCUUCCUCACCAUCAGUAGCAUCACCCGUACCAUUGAGGUCUCCCAUUGGGGGAACAUCGCUGUGGAAGAGACCAUCGACUUGCGUCAUACAGGGGCUGUCCUAAAAGGGCCUUUCUCCCGCUAUGACUACCAAAGACAGUCUGACAGUGGGAUCUCCUCUGUGAAAUCAUUCAAGACCAUCCUGCCUGCUUCGGCUCAGGAUGUUUACUACCGUGACGAGAUCGGUAACAUCUCCACCUCCCACUUGCUGAUUCUGGAAGAUUCUGUGGAGGUGGAGGUACGUCCUCGCUUCCCCCUGUUUGGUGGUUGGAAGACUCAUUACAUCAUCGGCUACAACCUGCCCAGCUAUGAGUACCUGUACACCCUGGGUGACCAGUACGCUCUGAAGAUGCGGCUGGUUGACCAUGUGUAUGAUGACCAGGUGAUCGAUUUCCUCACGGUCAAACUCAUUCUUCCGGAAGGAGCCAGGAACGUCCAUGUGGACACACCCUACCCCAUCCACCGUGUGCCAGACCAGCUGCACUAUACCUACUUGGACACCUUUGGCCGCCCAGUUCUGGUGGCCACUAAGAGCAACCUGGUAGAGCAGCACAUUCAGGAUGUGGUGGUACACUACACCUUCAACAAGAUCCUGAUGCUGCAGGAGCCCCUGCUUGUGGUUGGGGCCUUUUACAUCCUGUUCUUCACUGUCAUCAUCUAUGUGCGCCUGGAUUUCUCCAUCACCAAGGACCCUGCCGCGGAGGUGCGCAUGAAGGUGGCGUCCAUCACAGAGCAGGUGCUGACCUUGGUCAACAAGCGCCUGGGGCUGUACCGCCACCUGGACGAGGUGGUGAACCGCUACAAGCAGUCGCGCGACACGGGCGCCCUCAACAGCGGCCGGAAGACUCUGGAGGCCGAGCACCGCACCCUGACCAAUGACAUCGCCUCCCUGCAGGCCCGCCUCAAAGCGGAGGGGUCUGACCUGGCAGACAAGGUGGGGGAGGUGCAAAAGCUGGACGGCCAGGUGAAGGAUCUGGUGUUCCGCUCCUGUCAGGAGGCCGAACGCUUGGUGGCUGGGAAGGUGAAGAAAGAGGCUUACAUAGAGAGCGAGAAGUCACUGGCCAGCCGGAGGCAGGAGCUGGUCACCCGCAUCGACAGCCUGCUGGACGCCCUGUAAAUGCAUGUACGCAAUAUACCCUUUGUGAAUCAUGCAGCUCCGCCCUUAACAACACACACACACACACACACACACACACACACACGCAUGCAUGCACACACGCAUACACACACACACACACACACACGCAUGCAUGCACACACGCAUACACACACACACACACACACACAGUUGGCACUUACUUAAGCAUACAUUUCUCCCUCUCCUAUACAUAUGACUUCACACAUACUCACAUGUCAAGUUGUAAGUUUGUUUGCGUCGCCUGAUUGAAAAGGCAGACAUGCUUGACGCUGUGAUUGGCCAGUUGUGUUCAGGUGUGGGAGAAGACAAGUGAGAGAAUCUUGUGUGGGUCCAGCAGAAACGCUGCUUUUUUUAUUUUAGGGUUUCGGUUUUGUAAGGCCAUUUUUUUCACCUUUGCUUGAAUGAUUGCUUUAGUUGGAAAUAUGAACAUAAAUGUUAAUACCGAUUUGUGAGUUUUUCUAUUCUAAAUUACUGUACAAAUUUAUAUUCAUGUUCUCUUCCUUCCCCUCACCACAAGUACCCUGGUCAUAUGUAACCUAUGAAAGGGUGAGGCACUAAACCUGAGGUUGUUUUGCAGACAGCUUGAGCCAAAUGCACUGCAGCGUAUGUUGGAGGUAUUUGUAAAUAAAACCGCUCCACUCUGCAUCAGCUAGCUUAUUUUUGGUGCGACCUACCUUGCCCAAAACUUUGAGCAAACAGAAAAGACCUGGAUGCAAGUCAGUCCCUGUGCAGUUUAGCACAUUUUUUUGUCAGCGAUUGCAAUAGUUUAUACUUCUUUGACGACACAAUUGUUUUUUCUUUGAUGUGAAUUGGAAGCCUUCUGUAAUGUGAGAUUUGUCCCUACAUGAGAUUACAGUGUGUGUGAAAUGGGGUAUUGGAGGGAAUUUGGUUAUGUUGACAUGACUAUGUGAACUUACAAUGGCAUGAAAGAAAUGGAAAUGAGCAGAUUUGGAAUAAAAAUGUAAACCUUCA